AUGAAACUGAUAAUUUUCGGCUUACUUCUUACACUGGAGAUAGGCAUACUUGCUUUCCGUUGCGACAGAAGACCAUAUGGAUCCACAACGAAAGCGUCAGCAGCUGAUGGGCGAUUUAAAUUGUCUGUGAUCGACGCUGAAAACACAUAUAUUCCUGAACAAUUAUAUACAGUACAAAUAGCUGCUACAGAUGGUGAGUCCAGAUUCACCGGUUUCAUCAUAUCAGCAGAGGGUGCCACAAAACCUAACCCCAAGAAUCCAAGGCGGAUUGUGACUCUUUUUCCUGGUCAUCUGAGGCCCCGGGAUAUGCUUUCUGCGAAAUAUAGCGACCGUUGCUUGUACUCUGUUGAACAUGUGAUAGCGUCACCUAAGACUUUUGUACAGGUAUAUUGGCAAGCUCCGGAGUCUGGUAAUGGCUGCGUCACUUUACGUGCAAUGGUCAUUGAAACCACAGAGGUCUGGUUCGAAGAUGGACCACCAUUGACCCAGCAGCUGUGCGAGGAUACUAGACAGCCAGAUGACGUUACGCCGCAGUUAAAUUACAACUGCCAGAUUUGCGAUGAAGCUAAGUAUGAGAUCACGUUCACUGGUAUUUGGUCGCGGAAUACACAUCCACGCCUGUACCCAGAAAAGGAUUGGGAGCCGAGAUUCAGCGAUUUGGUGGGCGCCUCUCACGCUGUCGACUAUAUUCUUUGGAUACCUGGCUCUCUCGCUUCUCAAGGUGUCAGGGAACUGGCCGAACAUACAAAUACGAGCAAACUUGAAGUGGACAUUCGAGAGAAGAUAGGUGAUGGCGUUCGAACUAUGAUCAAAGGGAAAGGUCACGGCUAUCCGAAAAUGAACUACCCUACUUAUGCCUUCGUCCGUGCCGACAAAACUAACCAUCUGAUCAGUGUGGCCGUGGGUAUCCAUCCCUCUCCAGAUUGGUUCCUCGGAGUCACAAGGUUUGAACUUUGCCAGGAGGACAACACGUGGCUUCAGGAAAAGGAACUCAAUUUAUUCCCGUGGGACGCCGGGACUGACAGUGGGGUAUCUUAUGAGUCAAUGAAUAUCGAGACGUUUCCCCAAGACGCGAUAUCGCGUGUUCAAAUGAGCUCCUACGACAAAGAUUCGCCAUUUUAUGAAAUGGACAUAAAAGAUCUCCAUCCGUUCGGAAGGUUACGAAUUAAACUGAUCAGGACUUAUCAAAAGGAGUGUGUGGAAGAAACGACAGGAGAAGAAAAUACCACAGAGGAAGAAAUGACAUCAACGACAGAAGAAGCACAAACAGAAAUAGAAUCGGAUGAAGAAGAAGCGAGUCCCUCUGAACCUGAUGCGCCCUCCAGGUACCAAACCACAGACCUAGCUAGCGGCGAGGGCGGGCGCGAGAGUCCUAUAGUUACGGACCCCGAGUCAGCCGAGGAGUGCCCCAUGUCUCAGUGGCAGGAGUGGAGUGAGUGUGAGGGAGAGUGUAUCGACGGUCAGAUCGUGGGAUACAAGUGGCGGGAGCGAUAUCAUUUAGUUGAUGGGAUUGCCGUUGAAAAAUACGAUCCUUAUGCAAACUAUACAGCGACUAAGGAGGUUCCCAAAUAUUGCAAACUUCAUCACGACACAUUUGAAAGAAUUGAAUGCGAGGACGUCUGUCUCGAUGAUUUCUCUAAUGAAGAGCUAACAGCUGAGCGACGUGUAAUGGAACCAAUCGCCGCCGGUUAUCCGUGGAAGAUGUAG